AUGAGAAAGUGUCUAACAAAGUACUGUCCUAAGAAUACGAAUUUUAUUUGGUCAGAGAUAGAUUUCUAAUUGAAAACAUAUAUAUAUAGAAUAAGUGAUAUGUUUAAAGAUCUUCAAUGUUAAUUGCAUGAUCAUGAUUCAAUUAUUGGAAUUUGUAUUGAUUUAAAUUGUGAAGAGUAUCAACAUAUCUUAUGGUAAUAGAAUUGAAUAACUAGUUUAAAAUGUAUAAUAAAUGAUCAUCAACAUGAGUCUCAGAAUAUUUUGGUGAUCCAAGAAAUUAUAAAUAGAAGAGAGAAACUCUUUAGAUUAAUUUAAUAUUUAAAGAAUAAGGAAAAUAGCUAUUGUUAGAUAAACAAAAGUAUUUAGAUAUUAAAUGUAGAUGAAUACAAUUGGUUAUAAGAUUGUAUACUAAAUGGUAAAUAGAAUCCAUACCCUUGUUUGACAUUUGAAAAUAUAUUUUUGACUGUAUAGGAUACAUUUUUAUCAAAUAUGGAUGACCUGAAAUCUUAAGUGGAUAAAAGUGUACAUUCAUUGAAAUGUAAUACUGAGAAAUACAAAAAGAUUUAAUAAUUCAAAUAGAGAAUGGAUGAUAUAAUAAGGACUACAUAGUCUUAAAUUUAUUUAAAUUUUUAAUCAAUUAUGCAAGAUGAAAGUAAUGAAUAGAAAUCAACAGACAAUAUAUCAAUGCCUUAAACAAUCACUUUAAACUUAUCAUAAAUAGAUUAAUUAGGAGAUACCUAAUAAUUAUUAAUAUUAGAUAAAGAUAGUUUUGAAAAUUUAGAAAAUACUUAAAAUAUAAAAAUGAUUCAGAGUAAUUUAACAAGUACUUCAAAAUAGAAAUUAGAUGAUACGAUAUGUCCUUUAAUGCCAACACUUUAAUUUUUAGAUAAAACUACAAAAAGAGGUUUUUUAGGUAAGGCUAAAGUCAAAUUUGAAGAGGGAGCCAAGAUUAUUUCAAUGUAAAAGGAUACAAUUAUUAUAUCAUAAGAGUUGUAUUCUCAAGAUAAUGUAGAGAUACGUAUACGUAUACUCUCAUUUCUUCAAGGAUGUGUUCAUUUUGGAUAUGUUGAAUAAACGACUUGUGAAUUGACUAAAAAUAUUAAUAAUGUUGGUAAUUGGGCUUGUUUAUAUAAUUAAUGUAAUGAUCAUCCAAAAAUGGAGAAAUUAUAAGAUUUUUGCAUAUAGAUUGACAGUAUUAUAGGAUUGAAUUUAAACUUUAUAGAAGAUAUUGUUAGUCUUAGAUUAUUUACAAGAGAUGGAAUAUUGAUUUUAUAUUAGAAAAAGGGAUCUUUAAUGAAAUAAAAGCAACAUAUUUAUAUAUCAUGUUUAGAAGGAUUAGUUAAAUUAGAAGUUUUAAAUUGA